AUGGCAGGCAACGCUAAUCGGAGCGCCGAGGUGAGGACGCUGGAGGACCUAACGCUCGAUUCCGGUUAUGGUGGCGCUGCGGACUCGGUCCGAUCGUCCAGCGUGUCGCUGUGCUGCUCCGAGCCGCCCCUGCAGUCCCUCGCGCACGGCGGCAACCGCUGGCAUCUGACGGAAUCCAUGCACAGCCGACAGAACAGUUUGGACACGGUCAACACCGUGCUGGCCGAGGACACCGAGGCGCUGGAGUGCGCGGCCCAGCUGUGCGCCAAGCUGCCCGAGCCGGAGGAGGUGCCGUGGAGCCUGGCCGAGGUGGAGGGCGCGCUCAGGCGGCAGCGGAGGGACGACGAGCCGCUCUCGCUGCCGCUCUCGCUCUCGCCGCCGUCUCCGGAAGUCCUGGCGCGGCUCUCCGCCCUGGUCAGCCGCGCCUUGGUGCGCCUGGCCCGGGAGGCGCAGCGCCUCAGCCUGCGCUACGCCAAGUGCACCAAGUUGGAGGUGCACACCGCCGUCAAGGUGGUGCUCUCCUGGACCGUCUCGGUCAACUGCAUCGCCGCCGCGCUCAGCGCCCUCUCCCUCUACAACAUGAGCACCGCCGACAAGUUCGGACGCGGAAAGUCGGCGCGCUGCGGUCUCGUCCUCUCGGUGGGCAAGUUCUUCAGGUGGAUGGUGGACAGUCGCGUGGCGCUGCGCGUCCACGAGCACGCCGCCAUCUACCUGACGGCCUGCGUGGAGAGCCUCUUCCGCGAGGUGCUCGGACGCGCGGUGCGCGGCGCGCUGCUGCGACGGGACGACGGCCCGGCCGACCUCAGCCCGGAGGCUCUGGAGCAAGCCGUGGGCGCCGACUCGGAAAUUUGGGGGCUCCUGCAGCCCUGCCAGCACCUCAUCUGCGGGAAGAAUUCCAGCGGUGUGCCGAGUUUGCCCGAAAGUCUCAACCUGCACCGAGACCAGCAGCAGCAGCAGCAGCAGCAGCAGCGCUCGGGUCACGGCUGCUACGGCCAGGCCGAACUCCGCACGCUGGAGCAGUCGCUGCUAGCCACGCGUGUGGGAAGCAUCGCAGAGCUCAGUGAUUUGGUGUCACGGGCCAUGCACCACCUGCAGCCGCUCCACGUCAAGAACGCGGCCAACGGGACCCCGCCGCAUCACCGCCACGGCACGGCCGGCGGCACUUCGGACGGCGCGGCCGGCUCCGUCCACUGGGAGCCCGAGGCGCUCUACACCUUGUGCUACUUCAUGCACUGCCCGCAGAUGGAGUGGGAGAACCCCAACGUGGAACCCUCUAAAGUCUCGCUACACAGCGAGAGGCCAUUCCUGGUGCAGCCUCCGCUGAUGGAGUGGAUCCGCGUGGCGGUGGCGCACGCCGAGCACCGGCGCAGCCCGGCCGUGGACAGCGACGACGUGCGGCAGGCCGCCCGACUCAUGCUGCCCGGCGUCGACUGCGAGCCCCGACAGAUCAGAGCGGAGGAUUGUUUGUGCGGCGCUCGCAAGCUGGACGCGGCGUCCAGCGAGGCUAAAUUCCUGCAGGACCUCGGCUUCCGGAUGCUCAACUGCGGGCGCGCCGAUCUGGUCAAGCAGGCCGUCGGCUUGCUCGGACCCGACGGCAUCAACAGCAUCAGCGAGCAGGGAAUGACCCCGCUGAUGUACGCGUGCGUCCGUGGGGACGAGGCCAUGGUCCAGAUGCUCCUGGACGCCGGCGCCGACAUUAACGGCGAAGUGCCCGCCAUGGUGCACAAGCACCCGUCCGUAUACCCCGACGCACGCGGCGGGACACCCCUCACGUUCGCAGUCUUGCACGGACACGCGCCCGUCGUGCAGUUGUUGCUGGACAACAGCGCCAACGUGGAAGGUUCGCUGCAGGACGGCGCCGACAACUACGCGGAGACGCCGCUCCAGCUGGCCGCCGCCGCAGGUAACUUUGAGUUGGUGAGCCUUCUCCUGGAGCGAGGCGCCGACCCCAUGAUCGGCACCACGUGUCGCAACGGCAUCUCGUCGGCGCCGCUCGGCGACAUGAACUCCUUCAGCCUGGCGGCGGCGCACGGGCACAGGAACGUGUUCCGGAAGCUUCUGUCUGAGUCGGAGAAGGACAAAGGUGACGUCCUUUCCCUGGAGGAGAUCCUGGCCGAGGGUUCGUCGUCCGCGCAGAAAACUUCGGCGCCCCAGUCCAACGGGGGGUCGCUGCGAACAGGAAAGGCCAAACUGCGAGCUCUGCGAGAGGCCAUGUACCAAAGCGCCGAGCACGGCCAUGUGGACAUCACCGUCGACAUCCGCAGCUUAGGCGUUCCGUGGACGCUCCACACUUGGCUGGAGUCGCUGCGGACCGGCUUCGCGCAGCAGCGCCGUCCCCUGAUCCAGGGUCUGCUCAAGGACUUCUGCUGCAUCCGGGAGGACGAGUACACCGAAGAGCUGCUCACGCACGGCCUGCCGCUCAUGUUCCGCAUCCUGAGAGCCUGCAAGAACGAUGUGAUCAGCCAGCAGCUGGCCGUCAUCUUCACCCGGUGUUACGGUCCUUUCCCCAUCCCCAAGCUCAGCGAGAUCAAGAAGAAGCAGACGUCGCGCUUAGACCCGCACUUCCUCAACAACAAGGAGAUGUCAGACGUCACCUUCCUGGUGGAGGGGAAGCCCUUUUACGCGCACAAAGUUCUGCUUUUCACCGCAUCGCCCAGGUUCAAGUCGCUGCUGCAGAACCGACCGGCGGCUGAGAACACCUGCAUCGAAAUCAGUCACGUCAAGUACAACAUAUUCCAUUUGGUCAUGCAGUAUCUCUACUGCGGAGGCACCGAGUUCUUGCACAUACGCAACACCGAGGUCAUGGAGCUGCUGUCCGCCUCCAAGUUCUUCCAACUGGAGGCCCUUCAGAGACACUGUGAGAUCAUCUGCUCCAAGAACAUCACCACCGAGACCUGCGUGGAUCUGUACAAGCACGCCAAGUUCCUAGGCGCCUCGGAGUUGACGGGCUUCAUCGAGGGCUAUUUCCUGAAGAACAUGGCGUCGCUGGUGGAGCUGGACGCCUUCAAGCAGCUCCUGUACGAGCACCCUCCGACCCCCGAAGCCCCCGUCGCGCUCUGCUCGGACAUCCUGCAGGACCUGGAAAAGACGCUGGCCUCCCGCGUGCGCUCCAUCCACCUGUCCACCUCUAAAGGCUCGGUGGUGUGA